AUGAACUUUUUUACAACUACAGUAAAAUAUUUUAAUGAAUAUUUAUAUUGUGUAAUUAAUUUUGUAGGAGAAAAUCAUGAAGUUCUAAUACCAUAUCAACAAAGAAAUAGUUCAUUACCAGGAGAUGAAGUAUCAGUUGCAUUACAACCAAUUAAAUAUUGGAAAAUAAAAGGAAAAGAUGAAGAUUCAUUCGAAAUGGAAUAUAGUCAAUUAUUUUUUAAAGAAAGUAAAUAUAAUAAAAUGGUAGAAAUAAAUUAUAAUGAAAUAAAUAGUUUAAAUGAGUUAAUUGAAUUAAUUUUAAAUAGAAAAGAAUAUAAUGGAUAUGUACUUCAACCUACAUGUGAAGUAAUAUAUAUUGAAAAAUAUGAAAAAUAUAAUGAUAUUACAGGAUAUAUUGAAAAUGGAAUAUUUUGGCCAGAUGAUAAUGGAAUAUAUUCAUUACAUUCUAAUCAAGAAUUUGAAAGAUGUCAUGUUAUUGGAGACAUUGAUAGAGAAAAAAAUAGAUUUAUUUUUAAAAGAGUUAUUAAUAAUGAUAAUUAUUAUGAUGGUUCUAAAAAGUCACAAUUAGUAAAACAAAAUAAUUUUCAACAACAAAUUGACUUUGAUAAAAUAUCAAUUGCUCAAAACGUUUCACAAAAAAUAAAUCAAUUAAUUAAAAAACAACAAUAUAAUGAUUAUUCUUCAUUAAUGACAAUUACUAUUGAUAGUUCUAAUACACAAAUGUGGGAUGAUGCAAUUCAUAUUGAAAUGAUAGAUACAAAUACUGUUAGUUUAGGAAUUCAUUGUGCAAAUUAUAUUAUUGAAAUGCAACCAUCAUCAAUAGAAUUAAAACAAAUUGGAAGAAAAUUAUUUCAAAGAGAAAGACAAAAAAUUGUAUCAAAAACAAAAGUAAAUAAAUAUUUGAACGUGUUUAUGGUGGAACAACUCAUAUAA